AUGACUGACGCGACAUCUCGGCAAAAGGCCCGAACCUCAGUGCGCUACAGCACCUACAGCGUCACCGCGCCCUCGGUCGCGCCGACAACGGGUACCAACGACUCUGCGACCAACGAGAUCCGCGAGAUCGCGACUGGCCUCGACCGCAUGGAGAACAAGGCCCUUGCCUCCCAGCGCGUUGCGCUCUCCGAGGAGAAGACCGAGAACCUCCACAGACUUGCUUUGGGCGCCAAGAUCGACCGUGCUCUGGACCGACGCAUGAAGAGCCAGGAUGCCGUCAUGCGUCCCCGGGCGAAGAAGACGACUGCGGCCACGACGGCCGACCAGGUUGACGAGAAGGCGGGAUAG